AUGGCCCAUUACUGGUUUUUAUUCGUGGUUUUACUAGCAUCAGGAUUGCGAUCAGGAUCUUUGGCUAACGAAAUUGAGGAUGAAGAUGAAAAUUCCGGUCCUAAAUUUGAAGUCAACGUAGGAGUUCUGUUGCCCAUGGAUAAUGAUUUCCCAUACUCUCUCCCUCGGGUAGUUCCUGGAGUGCGCUGGGCUUUUAAAAGUGAUCGAAUCAAGGCACUUCUGCCUAAUGUCACUGCUAAUAUCAAAGUCAUGGAUUCUAAAUGUGCAGCGUCGAUUGGUCCUCUUCGUGCUAUGGAAAACAUGGUGCAAACCGAUAAACAGCGUCGACUAGAUCUUUUACUUGGACCAGCUUGUGAUAUUGUGGCUAGUCCUGUUGCUCGGUAUAACACACAGUGGAAAACCUGUAUGAUGUCGGCAGGAUGUGGCGCCAACGGAUUUAAAGAUAAAACGGAAUUGUAUGUUACGAGAGUUCUUCUGAACUAUCAAGAAUCUGCCAUGGUGAUUGGAAGCAUAGUUUCUACCCAAUUCAAUUACAGACGAAUCUUAAUGAUAACCCAGGAGGUUCAUCCAAUAUUCAAUGAUUGUUAUUUUAUCAAUCAAGGCAUUGGAAUUUUUUUCUCAAAGAACCUCAUGGAACCUGAAAAUGAAUUUGUAAGUCCAAAUGCUCCAAACUACACGCAAUACCUUAUUGAUAUUGGGUUGAGCAAAAGAGCCAGAGUUCCCUGUGCUACCAAAGAUCUACAACUAGGCCAACCCCAUGGUGUCUGUAAAAGGUCAUAG